AUGAAAAAGGAUGUAGUUGAAUUUGUGGCCAAAUGCUUAACAUGUCAACAAGUUAAAGCAGAGCAUCAAAGACCAGCGGGAUUGUUACAACCACUGAAGCUCCCUGAAUGGAAGUGGGAAGAGAUUUCCAUGGAUUUUGUGACUGGGUUACCUAAGACUACAAAGCAGCAUGACGCCAUUUGGAGACGUAAAUCUUAUGCAGACCUGAAGCGGAGAGACAUUGAGUUCAAAGUGGGUGAUCAUGUGUUUCUUCGAGUGACACCACGAAAAGGACUCUCGGUGAAGAGAUUUGGCAAGAGAGGGAAACUAAGUCCCAGAUAUGUUGGUCCAUUUCAGAUAUUGGAUAGAGUGGGCAGUGUAGCUUAUAGAAUAGCUUUACCGCCAUCAUUAUCUGGGGUGCAUAAUGUAUUUCAUGUAUCUCAACUCCGGAAAUAUGUGUCAGACCCAUCGCAUGUUUUGAGCUAUGAAACACUGGGUUUGCAGGAAGAUUUGUCCUACAAUGAACGUCCGGUGAAGAUUCUUGAUCAAAAGGAUAGGAUUUUGAGAAAUAAGACAAUUACCCUGGUGAAAGUCCUAUGGAGAAACAGUGUGGUUGAGGAAGCUACUUGGGAGCUUGAAUCUGAUAUGCGAGAACAAUAUCCAGAAUUAUUUGAGUAA